AAAAAAAGAGACCGAACAGGCCAGCGCUGGUCGAGCAAAUAGGCUGCAAAAGAUCGAUCGGGUCGGGUGUUCAUCAAGGGAGAACGAACCUACAGUAACAGCAAACACAUAUUCACAUUCACUCACUCCCCCGAAUUCAAUUCAAUUCAAUUCUCUCCGUUUCUCUUCAUUCCUGUACUUUAUUUAAAUAUAUAUAUAUUCUUAUUCCCAUUCGAUCUGAUCUCCAAACCCCAAAAAUGGCGAUGGCAAUGGCGAGCUCUGGCCUCGCUUACCCUGAGAGGUUCUACGCCGCUGCCUCCUACGCUGGCUUCGAUGGAUCUCCUCCUCACUCUUCCUCCUCCAACUUCUCCAACGACGUUGCUUUGCUCCUCUACGCCCUCUACCACCAGGCAACUGUAGGGCCUUGUACCAUUCCGAAACCUAGAGGCUGGAGUCCUGUUGAGCAAAGCAAAUGGACAAGCUGGCAUGGGCUUGGAAAUAUGGCUUCCACAGAAGCAAUGCGUCUCUUUGUAAAGAUAUUGGAGGAAGAAGAUCCAGGGUGGUAUUCAAGAGCAUCCAAUUUUGUUGCAGAGCCUGUUGUAGAUGUAGAAAUAAAUCGCAAUCCAAAGGUUGAGCCAGUCACAGAAAAUGGAGACACUUUUCCUGAGACAAAGACCAUUCCUACUGAAAACGGCAGCUUGUUGGAAACUCAGGAUAAAGAUGUUAUAUUGGAGGGCCUUGGUUCAGUUAAUGUAUAUGAUCAAUGGGUUGCCCCUUCAGAAUUUGGUCCACGCCCAAAAGCCCGAUACGAGCAUGGAGCAGCUAUUAUUGAUGACAAGAUGUAUAUAUUUGGCGGAAAUCACAAUGGACGUUACCUUAAUGAUCUUCAGGUUCUAGAUUUGAGAAGUUGGAGUUGGUCCAGGCUUGAAAUUAAAACUGCAGCUGAUUCUGUGGAAUCACCUUCUUUAGUAUCAGUGCCUCCUUGUGCUGGCCAUUCCCUGAUACCAUGGAGGACAGAUAAGCUUCUUUCAAUAGGUGGACAUACAAAAGAUGCUUCUGAGACUAUGCAAGUGAAGGUCUUCGAUUUGCGAACUUAUACUUGGUCAACCUUGAAGACUUAUGGGAAGCCACCGGUUUCACGUGGAGGCCAAUCUGUGACCCUCGUAGGGUUAAGCUUAGUCAUAUUUGGCGGACAAGAUGCGAAAAGAUCCCUUCUGAAUGACCUGCACAUUCUUGACUUAGAAACCUUGACCUGGGAUGAAAUAGAUGCUGUAGGGAUGCCACCUUCCCCAAGGUCCGAUCAUGCUGCUGCAGUACAUGCUGAGCGUUACCUUCUUAUUUUUGGUGGGGGUUCACAUGCUACUUGCUUCAAUGAUCUGCAUGUCCUUGAUUUGCAGGCGAUGGAAUGGUCGAGACCUACACAACAGGGUGAGAUACCCAGUCCCCGAGCUGGUCAUGCAGGAGCGACGGUUGGGGAGAACUGGUUUAUUGUUGGUGGUGGUGACAACAGAAGUGGGGUCUCAGAAACUGUAGUCCUUAACAUGUCUACACUGGUUUGGUCUGUUGUAACCACUGUUCAAGGGCGUGUUCCUCUUGCUAGUGAGGGAUUGAGUUUGGUCUUGAGCUCCUACAAUGGUGAAGACAUUUUAAUAUCUUUUGGAGGUUACAAUGGACGGUACAACAAUGAGGUUAGCGUCCUCAAACCGAGUCACAAAUCAACCUUGCAAUCAAAAAUGAUGGAGACUUCUGUGCCUGACAGUGUAUCAGCUGUUCAUAAUGCAACAAAUGCCAGGGAUGUGGAGUCUGAGUUUGAAACAGGCCAAGAAGGGAAAAUAAGGGAAAUCGUCAUGGACAAUGUUGAUUCAGAGCCCAUGAGAACAAGAAGUGAAGAAAGCAAUGAACAUCUUUUAGCAACUCUCAAGGCAGAGAAAGAGGAAAUAGAAUCUUCACUCGGCAAGGAGAGGAUACAGUAUAUCCAGCUAAAACAAGAGUUAACUGAAGCUGAGGCACGAAACACAGAUUUGUAUAAGGAGCUUCAAGCUGUCCGUGGUCAGCUUGCUACUGAGCAGUCUAGGUGUUUCAAACUUGAGGUUGAUGUGGCAGAGCUACGCCAAAAGCUGCAAACUAUGGAGACCUUACAAAAAGAACUCGAACUUCUUCAAAGACAAAAGGCUGCCUCUGAACAAGCUGCCUUGAGUGCAAAACAGAGGCAGAGCUCGGGCGGCAUGUGGGGUUGGCUUGCCGGAUCCCCUCCUAGCCAAGACGCCGAUGACACCUAAAAAUUCAAACCCCAAAUACACAGUAAUUCCUAGUUUUGGAACUCAAAUCAAUUUAAUUUUUUUCCCCAUUUAAAGCAUAUUUUUUUUCUUAAUCCAGUUCUUUUCAGAUAUUGAAAUAAGAUGUUCAGUUUCUCUUUGCUAGAGGGAACAUGGUAGGUUUACAUGCUUGUAAUUUCAGCAAUGUAAUUACAUAUGGCCGUCGGUGAUAUAUUUUUCUCUGUUAUAAAGUUUUAUUUAGAGUUUGUAUUUGUAGUGAUCCAAAUUGCUGAGUGGAAUGGAAGUUAUAGAAAACCAUUGUUUGGCCAAUUA